AUGACAUUACCAGAGGUGCGUCGCCUACGCCGCAGCACCAACGUGUGUCCUGUGGGAAAGCUCCCACACAAUGUAGCUGGGCUGCAGUCCAGCGAGUCUUGGAAGCACAGCCACAAUCCAGAGCGCUGGAUUGCCACAACAAAAGUAUCGGGGAGCGAUUCCGCCCUCCGGAGGGGGCGGCGGGCGCUGCGCGGCGUGAGGGGCUGCGCUGCCACAGCACCCUCAGAGCGCUGCCCGAGGGGACCCUGGUGUCUGACAGAUACGGAGGCGAUCAGGGCUCUGGAGCAUCUCUCUUACGAGGAGAGGCUGGGGGAGCUCGGCCUGAUCGGCCUCGAGAAGAGGCGACUGAGAGACCUCAUUAAUGUAUAUAAGUAUGUAAAGGGUGGGUGGCAAGAGGAUGGAUCCAGGCUCUGCUUGUUGGUGCCCAGCCCAGCCAGUAGAUCAACAGGCAACUGGCAGAAACUGAUGCCCAGAAAGUUCCACCUGAACAUGAUGAAGAACUUCUUUAUUGUGGCACUCACAGCCAGAGCCAAAGGGAGGCUUUGGUGUCACAGCACUCCUUGCUUUUCAGUGCCCAGCUGGCAGAAGGAAUUUCCAAGCAGCGCGAUAAACUUACAGGAACCAAAACUUUGGGGUUUGCCUGUGACUCAGCAGCAGGCAGAUAUCCCAGCCCAGAUGUCACUGCUGCCUCUCUCGUGCCAACUCAGUGGCUUUUAUUUUGUGGCCAUUCAGGUUUGUGUAGAUUAAAACAAACAAGGCAAGAUUGAAAGCUCCCUCCCCGAGUUUGCUGGUGACACUAAACUGGGCGGUGAGGUGGAUGUGUCAGAAGUGACAGCCUCCUUACAGAGACACCUGGAUGGGCUGGAAUAGUGGGAUACCGAGAACUGUAUGAAGUUUAACGCAGACAAAUGCAAGGUCCUGCUUCUGGGACAACAUAACCCAAUAACCCAUUAGGGGCCAGGCCACACUUGGAGUACUGUGUUCAGUCCUGGUCUCUGCCAUUCAGGUAAGGCACAGACAGACUGGAGAGGGUCCAGAGGAGGGCCACCAAAAUCAUCAAAGGUCUGGAGAAUCUGCUCUCUGAGGAAAGACAGAGGAGUUAAGUCUGUUCUCCCUGUAGAAGACUUUGGGGGGACCCUCAUCCCAGCAUUCCAGUAUUUAAAGGGCUGCUGUAAAGAGGGUGGAUGCUCUGUCUUCACAAGGAGCCACAUGGAGUAGGCAAGUGGCAAUGGGUACAAGUUGCUCCAGGAGAAGUUUCAUCUUUAUGUAAGAAACACAUUUUUUAUGAUGAGAACAGUCACUCACUGGAACGACCUUCCAGGGAACUGGGUAGAGCUGGAGGUUUUCAAGGUGUGACUGGGCAGGGUGCUGGAUA